CCACUUUCGGCGGCACGCGCGAGAGGUUCCCCGGUACGCGGUUGCUACGCGGGCGGCUGUUCUCAUUGGCUGUCGCCAGUCACGUGUUUAUUCCAAAGAUGGCGUCUCCGAAUGGAGGGGACGAUUUCGAGAGCUCUUUGCUGAGUUUCGAGAAGUUGGACCGAGCGUCACCAGACCUGUGGCCGGAGCGGUUGCCCGGAGUCGCAGAAUUCGCUGCAUCUUGUAAAAAUCCCAUCAAUAACUCGCCCCCCAAAUGGAUGGCAGAACUAGAGAGUGAGGACAUUGAAAUGUUGAAAGAGCUGGGUAGUCUCACCACAGCCAACCUGAUGGAGAAGGUCAAAGGACUGCAGAACCUGGCUUACCAGCUGGGCUUAGAGGAGUCCCGGGAAAUGACCAGAGGGAAGUUUCUGAAUAUUUUGGAGAGGCCCAAGAAGUGACAUUGUGUGUCCUGUGAUUGUGUGUUGACCGUGACGCACACCGCUCAAACCGAGGGGGGGGAGGGGUCUUCUCUGGUGUCAUCAUGUAGAUGCCUUUACAUCUAGAACAUGUGUUCUGUUGCUUCCAGACCUGCCACGAGGAAAUGUUUGUUAUUUAUUCUCAGUUCUGUUUUAAACAGGAUUUACAUUUUUUUUUUUCAAUUUGUGAAGUUGUAUAAUAAAGUUUUGAAAAGAAUUCAAAA